AUGUAGUCUAGUCAAAGUCAAUCAGGUCCAUUUUAAAGUGAGUAUUAUACUGAGAAUAAAAAACAGCCGAACAUUCCAUCAUUGAAUUAAUUUAAGUAAACGGAUGAGUCAGCUAAGAAAUUGAUGCCAAAUUAUUUUGUAAGAAAACCAAACUCUUUGAAUUCUCAUCGAAAAAUCGUAGAAUUUCUAGUGAAAGAGGAUUAAAAAGAUUAAUUCUAGCUGAGCGGAAAGGACUCCUCAACAGAAUAAAUGAAAAAUUACAAGACUCUGAAUAAUCUUUUGGCGAAAUAAAAGGAGUCAAGAAGUCCAUAUAAAAAAACUGCCUCUUAAGGAAACUCACCAUGUAGAGGAGGAAUUUAAGAUAUGAAAAGCUAAUCUGGAAACGCCUCGUAGGCCGGAGACUAAAAUGAGAUGAAGUUUCAUUUGGUAGAGCUUGACAAACUAAGAACAGACAUUCAUCUUAUUAAGGAUCAAACUAAAUCAGACAUUAAUUAUGGACUUUUCAAAAAAUAGAGAUCAGGUUUGAGCAAUGCUCCUCUUAGGUCAAAAUAAGACUAUAGACUUAUAGAUAAUUCAUUAUCAUUGGAUCUUUACGAAUUGAGCAGAUAGAUAUUUCAUCCUUACAAGUAAAAAUUAGAAGAUGACCCUAAUAAGAAAAAAUAUACUCAUAGAAAUCAAUACUUAUUAGCAGUGGAUGAUCUUAACUUGGGAGAAGAAGUAGCAUUUUCAAUCAAUAGUAUAGAGUAAGAUAAAAAUAAAAAACCUCCCUCAAUGGAAUAGAUUCCCCAGUAAAUCACAGGUAACUCAGCGAAAUAAUAAAAGUUUCAACUUAUGCUUGAGAAGUAGUAAUAGCUUAAAAGAAUGAAAGUAUUAUCAAACUUUGUGAAUAGUCAAAUGGAAAGAAUAAUGCUGUCGAAGAUGAAUUCAGAAGUUUCUGCAAUGUAUAUUAGUGGUCAUAAUAAGAUGGAAGGGACUGUGAGACAUUUAUAAGAGUUACAGAGAGAAUAAUAAAUUGAAAAGAUUCGUGAGGAAAAUGAAAUUUACAUGAAGCAAAAGAGAAAAUAAAUCUACGAAAAAUUGAGAAAUAUCUAAGAUUUCAAGCAAAAAUUAGUGUUCAACAGAGUUGAUAAGAAAAAGAAAGAUUUAGAUCCAAAUUUCAUAGAGACAAUUGUUUAUACCUCUAGUGAUAACAAAGGCUCAGGAUUUUACACAAGUAGGAAAGUCUACACAGACGGAACAAUCAUAGAAAGACCAAAACCUGAAACUCCCAUUAUUUAACCUUUAGGGCAGAGAAAGUAAUUAUGA